AUGGCUUCACAACCAGACAAAGCCAUCGUAAUCGGCAUUUCCGGUCCCUCAUCAAGUGGAAAGACAACCCUCGCCCGACUCCUGCAGACGGUGUUUUCCGGCCUCGAGCCCAAAUCGCUCAAUACGUUUAUCAUCCACGAAGAUGAUUUUUUCCUACCAGAUGAUCAAAUCCCAUACACAACAACCCCCUCAGGCAAAACCCUGCAGGACUGGGACACCGUCAACGCAAUGGACAUUCCAUUCCUGUCCUCUGCGCUUUCAUACGUCCGCAAAAACGGGUCCCUCCCGCCCCGGCUAAAGAGUAAAGAGGAUCUUAACGAGGCCUUUGAUUCAGGCGUCGAUGGGGAAACUAUCGCCCAGCUACGUGCGGAUGUCGGGAACCGGCUGUUGGAGAAACAGCAGCAGCGUACGGCGCCAUCUACUCUGGCCUUUUUGGAAGGGUUUCUUCUCUACAGCCCCCCUGAGGCGGAGGUGGAGGAGCAUGUGCUUCGUUCUGUGCAUCGGAAUAUCGAUGUGCAUUUGUUUUUGCCGGCGCCGUAUGAUAUUGUCAAGGCGAGGAGGGAGAGUCGGAGUGGUUAUGUGACUACUGGGCCGCAACCGCCGGUGCCUACGGGGGCAGAAGCUGCUGUGUCUUCGGAAUCGAAGGAGGUCGAUUUGGAAGCUGAGGAUGAUCGUCCGCCGCAGAACUUCUGGACGGAUCCCCCGGGUUACGUGGAUGAUAUCGUCUGGCCACGAUAUGUCCAGGAUCACUCGUGGUUGCUGUUACCCGAGGCCGACUCGCAAGACGAUGAUCUUGUCAAGAGAAUGGGCCAAGGAGUCAACGUGAGAUCAGAUGCUGGGGUGAUUGUUGCCCCAGGCCAGGGGAGCAAACCUGCUGCAGACAUUUUGAAAUGGGCAGUGGAGGAGAUCAUGAAGUAUCUACUAGCAGAGUGA